AUGGACACACCUGCCUUGCUGCUUCAACAGCCAACGACGGCCACAGUGAUUGAGUUUGCUGGCCUGUGCCUCGUCCUCCUAGUGACCAGGACAUUCUGGACAUACCGUGACAGGGGAUUCCGGUCAUCGUCUUCUCGCAACUCAAAGUUGAUUCCAAAACUCAAAGGAAAGCCUUUCAUCGGCAGUGCUCAUGAGCUUCAGACCCAAGGCUCAGCCAGCUGUAAAGCCUGGUAUCGGCUAUAUCAGCAGUACGGACCUGCUUAUGAAAUGACAGUCCCUUUCUUUCGUCUGCACAUUAUCAACCACCCAAUUUAUCUAGAGCACAUACAGAAGCACAAUAGCAAAAACUACAUUCGUGGUGCAUUCACUCGCAACAUGUUUGCAACACUUCACAGAACGGGCAUCUUUGUCGCAGACGGUCAGGAGUGGCAAGUCCAGCGCAAGGCAGCCACUCGAGCAUUCAGCAAGAAGAAUUUCGAAACGCAUAUCACACGAUCGCUUCACUACUGGCUUGGUAUCUUGACUCGUUUGCUGUCGAAUCUAGCCAAGGAGGGUACACAAUUUGACUUUCAGGCACUCAUGGGACGACUCAUGUUCUGCCUCUUCCUUCGCAUUGCUUUUCACGAGGACGAGUUGGCUCUGGAUAUCCUGUCUGAGCACCCGCGAAGUCUCGAGUCAAUACCACCAUAUGUCGAAGCAUUCGACAAGGCGACCCACUUAUUCGACCGCAGAAGACGCGACCCAUUAUGGCGGAUAACCGAGAAAUUAUCUGGAGAAGACAAGACCUCGCAAAGAGCUGUGAACCUCUUUUACGCACAGAUCGAUGCUCUUAUUGCAAAACGUUUCGAUUUAAUCAAAAAUGGCUAUGAGCCAGACCCGGAUGCUGGAGUAGAUCUUUUGGACAUGUUUAUUCAGUCAACAAAUGAUCAAUACAAGCUUGGAGGAAUGGUUUUUGCAUUCCUCUCUGCAGGCCGCGACACGACAGCAUACACCAUCUCCUGGCUGAUGAAGGAGAUACUGCACAGUGACAAUCGGCAUUUGAAUGCCGUGGAGAAGAUACGAAAUGAGGCCGAGCAAUCAGGUCUAGACAAUACCUUUCUGACUUAUGAAGAUGCGCCGAAAAUGCGGUUCGCAAAUGCCAUGUGGGACGAGACUGCGCGCCUCGACACUGUAUCCCCAGCCGGUCAGAUGGAGGCCGCAGGAGACGACACACUUCCCGCGAUACCCGAGCUGAACAUGCCUGCUCGUCAAAUCAAAAAAGGCGAUAUUGUCAGCUACCAGAAUUACGUACUUUCCCGCAUGCCCGAGGUAUGGGGAGAUGACGCUGCCACCUUUGACCCUUCGCGAUGGUUCAAAAAGAAUGGAGAAAGCAUUUCAUACAGUCCAUUUAAGUAUCAUUCUUGGAAUGCCGGGCCACGUAGCUGUCUGGGGCGCGCCCUUGCCACCUACGAGGGACUCGCCAUCAGCACGGCGAUUCUCCAGCGUUUCGAUGUCAUCUUAGCGGACGACAAGAGGACAUACGAGCCACUUGCCGCCCUGAACAUGGGAAUCAAAGACGGCCUUCUUGUGACUAUCAGAGAAAGACAUCCUGCCAGUACCUAG